AUGGGGUCAAAUGUGGACUCAACUAAUAAUUUCCCUUUGAAAAAGAUGAUCUUGUCUCGUCAACAAUCAGAACAGUGGAUACCUCCUUCAGGUAAUAUUUUAAAAGUGAAUGUGGAUGCAGCUUGUGAUUUGAAUAAGGGUUGUACUGAAUUGGGUGUGGUGAUUAGGGAUGCAAGUGGAAGGUUAAAAGGAGUAGUUCUCCAUAAUGCAUCAGGAAGACUUUCUCCUAUGGCAGGUGAAGCUUUGGCUAUCCUUUUUGGGACGAGGUUCUACAUAAAGGAAGGUUUUAAGAAUAUUAUUAUGAAAUCUGAUGCUUUGAAUGUCAUUGAAGCUAUUAAGCAAUCUUCAUAUAACCUUAACGAAAUUGGAGCAGUCACUGCUGAAGUGCAUUGUCUUAAGCACGCAUUUGAUAUGAUCAGUUGGAGCAAGAUUUCUCGAACUUGUAAUAAGGCAGCUCACAACCUGGCAAAGAAGGCUCUGCAUAUCACUGGUAAAGGUGGCAAAUGGGCCUAA